UCAGAACAAGUCGCCAGUUCUGUAUACACGAGAUCUCGGACUGCCAACAUGUCGUAAACUACACAACACCAAUAAAGAAGCUCAUGACGAAGAUUAUUUAAAACUUUCAUUCAGACAGUCGCUAUCAACCGAGCAGGUAUACCUCUGAGUACGGAUACAGUGGAAUCCAAGGGUACGAGCCCCGCCGUACUAAUGAUAACGUAGUACACGUGUUAUAUAAGAGAUAAUGGAUGUCCAGGUGGUCGCGUGUUUGGUCUGGCUUCUGACCAUCAUACCAAGUUUUUACGCCGUAUUGCAGCCUGACCUAGAUUAUAUAUCCUCCAACCUUGAAAUCAAGGUCAAGGUCGCUGACAACCUUGAAUAUAAUGGAAGGAAACACAAAUUUAUCGUCACUUUUAAAAACACCGGAAACCAGUCAAUCAGGGGAGAUAACUGGACUAUAUACUUUUAUAGCUUUUUCAUGUUGGAGGGUGAACAUUUACCCCGCCCUGAAGGAUACGAAGUACCGGGUCAAGGGGUCACGUUACAUCACGUGACUGGAUGUCUCUUUGGUAUGACGCCGACAUCCGACUUUCCCAGCAUAGAAUCGAUGAAUACAAGGACUAUCGAAUUUUUCGGUGACAACUGGGCUAUCAGCAGGUCAGAUGUUCCACCGAACUGGUAUAUAGCUUCUGACGGGUUAGAUAGUAGACUUAUAAACAGUACGGCGUUCGGAAGUCGCUUUGUUGAGGAUUUUACCUCCGUUAGACAGUGGAAGCGGUAUGGAGGAGAUCGGUAUAAUCCGUUCACGUCACGUGAUCGGUCCACCAGGUACGGACCGGAACCGGAAACACCACCAAAGAAACAUAACGUUUUACCUACACCAAAGCAGAUCACAGUUACAAGCAGUCAAUUAUUAAAUGUGCGGUCCGGAGCGUGGCAAAUACGAACCGGAAGUGGAGUACCAACCACAGUGGGGACAUAUCUAGCAAGUCUCAUUGAUUUACCUUUUAGCUCCGAACACGAGAAAAUAAAUAAAACAAUUUUUCUUGAACUGGACUCGACACUCUCCGUCUCUAAAGAGGGUUACAUACUCGCCGUCAACAUUAAGGACGAAACAGUAACUAUAAAGGCAAUCAAAACGACCGGUAUUUUUUAUGGCUGUCAAACACUUGCCAGUCUUCUGGCUGGAAAUAGUAACACGCAGAUACCGGAUGUUGUAAUCACGGACGAGCCUCACUUUGAAUUUCGAGGAAUGUACAUAGACCUCGCCAGGAACUUCCAUGAUAAGAACGACCUGAUGAGAUUAAUGAAUGCGAUGGCCACUUACAAACUGAACAAACUACACCUCCAUCUUGCUGAUGACGAAGGAUGGAGGUUAGAAAUUCCAGGACUUCCGGAACUAACUGAGGUAGCUUCCAAACGUUGCCAUGAUCUCAAUGAGGACAGAUGCCUCAUACCACAGCUGGGCUCAGGUCCGGACCAGACUACUUCCGGUUCAGGAUUCUUGACUGUGCAAGACUACAUAGACCUCGUGCGGCACGCGAAUAAGCUUCACAUAGAGGUCAUUCCGGAAGUUGAUACGCCUGGACAUGCUCGUGCGGCUAUCAUCGCGAUGGAGAAGAGAUUUCGGAACUUUGAGACCAGCAACCUGACAGCCGCGUCUGAGUUCCGCUUAAUUGACCCAGAUGACCAGUCACGUUAUUUCUCAGUACAGAUGUUUACGGACAACGCUAUCAACCCUUGCAUUGAUUCCACUUACAGUUUCAUUUCCAAGGUUAUGGAUGAGAUAAAAUCCAUGCAUGACCAGGCCGGACAGCCAUUGAGAGUGUACCAUUAUGGCGGAGACGAAGUCCCACAAGGCGCGUGGGUGAAUUCCACAGCCUGUAAAAACCUGAUAUCCGUACUUCCGCCCAGUCAGGAUUCCAAACAACUCAAACUCUACUUCCUAAACAAAACUUCAGAACUAGCAUUUAAACAUGGUCUGGUAUUGUCAGGCUGGGAAGACGGGUGGAUGAAUGGAAAAGGGCAUCCUUUUGGUAGAGACAUGUUCCAGAACGGUGAUAUCAUGGCCAAUGCUUGGGACAAUGUGUGGGAGUGGGGCGCCGCCAAGCGGGCUUACAACCUAGCUAAUGAGGGGUACAAGGUGGUGCUGUCACACGCGACCCAUCUGUACUUCGACCAUCCGUACGAGCCCGACCCGGAGGAGAGGGGAUUGUAUUGGGCACCAAGGUUCACAGACACUUUUAAAACAUUCGGCUACGUUACAAGUGACCUGUUCAAAAAUGUCGACGUCAAAAGAUCAGGGGAGGUAUACACAAAGGCGGAGGUUUGUGGGAAACAUAAUGCUGGGUGUCCACCGUUACAGAGACCCGAGAAUAUCGUAGGUCUCCAGGGACAUCUGUGGUCGGAGACUGUACUCUCCAGCCAGCUCUUUGACUAUAUGGUUUUCCCGCGUCUUCUGGCUGUGGCGGAAAGAGGCUGGCACCGGGCAUCAUGGGAAGACAUUGAUGACGAAUCAGAAAGGAAGUCGGCCAUAAUGGCGGACUGGAAACUGUUUGCACAAAGUCUGGGAACAAAAGAGCUCAGCCGUCUGGAUGCUCUGAACAUCCAGUACCGCGUCCCUCCACCCGGGGCUAGGGUAAAUAAUGGCGUUGUCAAGCCGACAGUUACGUUCCAAGGGCUAGAUAUAGAGUACAGACGCCCUGACCAAUCAGGGUGGUUACCAUCGCCAGUGCAGGGAAUACAUUUCAACGGUAGUGACGUAUUAUACUUAAGAAGCAGGUCGGCUAAUGGUUCUAGGGUCAGUAGGGAGGUCACAGUGACGCCAGAUCCAGUUCUCAAACCGGCCGAUCAAACUGAGAUCAACUUUAUUGCCGAUAACCUAGAUGUCAAGCUAGAAGUCGUCGAUAACCUUCAGAACGAUGUGAGUGUCAGAAUGAGGCUGAGUUUGAACAAUAUAGGAGGGAGUCCCAUCGGCGCGUCAAGCUGGAACGUCUAUUUUGAAAGCAUUCGUCUUAUUGAACCAAACCGAUUCCCCUACCCAGAAGGCAUAGAGAUAAACGGCUUGAGAUUGUUCCAUAUGGGCGGAAGUUUGUACAGGUUGACUCCAGCAACGUCCUUCCAGCCAAUUUUGCCAGGACAGACUGUGACAAUCUUGUACGAGGCCAAAUAUUGGCAGGUAGCGCGUACAGACUUUAUGCCAAACAUGUUCGUUGGAGAUGAAGCAAUGGUUAGCAAAGUCAUAAAAUCUACGGGUGGGGAAACAUUGCAGUUUGUUGGAGAUUUCCCAACAAAACAUCAAUGGAAAAGAUACCCACAAGAUCAGUAUGACCCAUUCCUUGCCCGCACGCGGUACGCAAUAAACUCUGACGUCACAGAUAUGGGUACUGCCGGAAAACGCCUAAUCCCAACCCCACUUAUUGAGAUGUUGACAGACACUGACAAGGUUACUGUCACGGCUGACUGGGUCGUAGUCAACUCGACGGACUUCCCACAGGAGGCAAUUAGCCUAGCAGAUAUGUUAAGCCUUUCCAUUGUCAACACCAAACCCACAGACAAGUACAUCGCAUACCGCAAGGAGUCUGUAAUCGUCCAGGGCUCCAACAUUGUACAUUCGGAAGCAUACAAAGUAGAGAUUAUUUCCGCCAAUAGUAUGAUCCUGUUAACAGCCAAUCAGAGUGCAGGCGCAUUUUACGCAAUGAAAACACUUCGUGCACUCUCGCGCCUUACGGAGACCGGAAGAGAACUUCCGAAUGGCACUGUGAUAGACGGUCCUCGAUUCAAAUAUCGAGGUAUGCAUCUGGAUGUUGGACGAAAUUUUUACCCAAAAGCGAAAGUUUUAAAUCUGCUUGAUGUCAUGGCAACGUAUAAAAUGAACAGAUUGCAUUUUCACCUGUCUGAUGACGAGGGCUGGCGAUUGGAAAUACCUGGAUUACCGGAACUGACCGAGGUUGGCGCCAAUCGAUGUCAUGAUGAAGACGAAGUCCGUUGUACCUUACCACAACUUGGCUCUGGACCAGAUACGUCCACUUCCGGCUCCGGAUAUUACAAUGUGACCGACUAUAUGGAGAUACUUACAAGCGCCGCACAACGUCAUAUCAUGGUCAUUCCGGAGUUUGACAUGCCCGGACAUGCGCGUGCGGCCAUUAAAAGCAUGGAGGCUCGCCGGUUGAAAUUUCCGACCAACGCAACUGCUGCUAAUGAGUACUUACUUACAGAGAUCGGCGAUCAAUCUCAGUACCUCAGCGUUCAAAUGUAUACUGAUAAUGCUAUCAAUCCUUGUCUCGAAUCCACCUUCAAAUUCACAGAUCACGUGAUUGCAGAAACUAUGAAAAUGCACGAAAACAUCCAGCCGCUGCGGAUGUUCCAUUUCGGAGGAGACGAGGUAGCGGGAGGCGCGUGGGUGAACUCCUCUGCCUGUAAAACUUUAAUAGCAAGGAAAAAUGACGUCAGAGGUGUCUCGGACCUAAAGGGGUACUUCGCAGCCAGAAUCGCCAAUCAGGUGGCGACACGUGGCAUUAACACUGGUGCUUGGGAGGAUGGAUUGAUGGAAGGAAAAGACCCAUAUGAUAGAACCAAACUACCGAAUAAUAUCAAUGUAUACGGCUAUGCGUGGGACAAUGUUUGGGAAUGGGGCGUCGGCGAGCGAGCUUACCGUCUUGCUAAUUCCGGUUACAAGGUGGUGUUGGCUCACGCGACACAUCUAUAUUUUGAUCAUCCGUACGAACCUGACCCAGAGGAGCGCGGGUAUUACUGGGCCACCCGUUACACGGACACUCGAAAGACGUUUGGCUACAUCCCCGAUAACAUUUACUCCAACGCCAAAGUCAGGGUGUCAGGGGCACCAGUGACUCCGGAGGAUAUGUGUGCGGGGCCUCAGUGUGUGGAUCUGGAGAAACCAGAGAACAUCGAGGGUAUACAAGGACAAUUGUGGAGGGAAACUGUCCGUACGGACGAACAGGUGGAUCACAUGAUUUUCCCGCGCUUGUUGGCUCUUGCGGAAAGAGCGUGGCACAAAGCAUCAUGGGAAGACUUGGAGGACGAGACAGAAAGAACCGCUGGGCAGAAGGAGGAUUGGAUAAAAUUUGCAAAUUCCCUAGGAUAUCGGGAGUUAUCUACUCUUGAUUCUAUGGGUGUUCAUUACAGAGUACCGCCUCCAGGGGGCAUGUCUAAGGAUGGACAAUUAUUGGUCAACUCGGCCUUCCCUGGCCUUCCGAUAGAGGUCAGUACUGACAACGGCAAAACGUGGAAGGAAGUCAAAAGGUCAAGCAAGGUCAAUGCGGGGUCAUCACUUAUGUUACGGACGAAGUCGGCCGACUCCCGACGCUCCAGUCGCGUCGUUUCACUGAAGGAUGUAUCGCCCCAGAUAUCCGGAUCUUCGCCUCUCGUCAGCGUCACCAGUAUUCUAAUGACCCUUGUCGUGAUGGCGGUGAACUAUGUUUGAGAUAGAGCAACGGAAAUGGCAACCCGUCUGGCAGAGCGAGCUUUGUAACGAACUCUCUGAGUCAUAGUUCGGGCAAUGAUGACCCGUCAGCCGUAGUGAGUUUUGUGCGUCCCAAGGAUCCGGGCAUAAUCAAUUAUAAUUUGAACGUUACGUCAUUAUCACAAAGUACGUCACAUGAUUUACUCAAAUAUUACAAGAUUUAUAGAAAUGCCGCGGGAUUUACACAACUCGUCUGAUACUACAUCAAAUAUCACGUGAUUUACGCAAACGUCGUAUUAUUUACACGAACGUCACGUGAUAAACUCAGGCAUCAAACGAGUUAUAGAAACUCUGGAACAGUUGUCACGUGAUGUAUGAAACGUCACAUGACUUCCCCUAGAAAGAAGUGAUAGAUUUGCACUAACGUCAUGUGAUUUACACUAAAGUCAUGUGAUUUACACUAAAGUCAUGUGAUAUACGUGUACACUAAAGUUAUGUGAUUUACACUAAAGUCAUGUGAUUUACACUAAAGUCAUGUAAUAUACGUGUACACUAAAGCCAUGUGAUUUACACUAAGGUCAUGUGAUUUACGCAAACGUCACGUAAUUAGCUCAAACAUCCAAUGAAACACCACAUUUCCACAAACUCACGUGAUCUCUACGAUUUUCAUGUCAUCCAUUAAAACAUCACGUGAUUUACACAGAAACGCCGUAUAAUUUGUAAUUUAAUCAGACGCAUUUUAAAUAAUGUGUGCCAUAUUUAACCUAUAUGUGAUAUAUUGAUUGUAUUAGUGUCUGGUUAAUUAUGAAAAUAAAUUGAAACGAACAUUA